UGAACAAUACAUUAUACGUACAUAUUUCAUGGCAGAAUGUUUCCAUCUGAUUUUGACAGCUGAUGUUUGUUCCUCUUUAAUUUAACAUGUGACACUUAUUAAAUUUCGUAAAUAAACAUAUAAUUUUUAGUUAAGUAUAAGGUAGUUAAAUGUAGAAUGGCAGAGAGAAGUGAUACGUCGAAUCAACAGAAAUCUGAUAGCACUGAAAAGGUUAUGAAGGAGAAGGAGGCCGAUAUUAGUCGUUAUUUUGAAAAUGCAUCUCGUACAAUAUUCGACGAGAUCGUUUCACCUAAAAAAGAUUUCUUUGACGUACAAGGAGAUUCUGGAAGCAGAAUGGCAGAAUUUGAAUUGUUAGCGGAUGAUUCGAGUGAAUUCUUAAAAGGCAGUUCGUUACUUGGUAACGAUCGACCUGAUCACAGUGGAGCAAACGACAUGCACAGAGAUACUUGGAUACCUUCGGAACAAACGAGAAAAGUGCUGCGAAAUAUCGCCACGUCUACUGCUGGAACGAGUUUCGUCGAUAGAGAUAACCUAACAAUGCCAGGACUCGCUAUUCAAGGUGAUAUGCCUAACUUAAUAAAGAAUGCUGCCAUGCGGUUCCUAGGUGAAGAUGAAAAUGUAGCCAGAAAUGUACUUACCGCUUCUGAUGUAACACAGGAUGAACGAGGCUUGCGACAGUUAAUUCAAGCUGGUUGUUAUAAGGCAGCAAUUAAUUUAACAGGAAGGUUAUUAGCUGUGUAUGCUCAAGGAUAUGGUAAAAUAAACCAACCUAGCAAACACACUCCUCAUUCUUUGCAACUGUGGUACACAAGACUAGCUUUGUUAACUAAACUAAAGCAAAUUGAUAUUUUAGAAAAUGAAUCCAAACCGUUUGGCAACUUGGAUAAGCCUGAUAUGUACUUCACGUUUUAUCCUGAACUCUAUGGUACUAGACCAGGUUCUAUGGCUUCCUUUUCUUUUAGAUUGCUUUUAGCAGAAAUUCCACAAUACUGUGGAAAACCAAAGCAAGCAUUAGAUAAUCUGUUUAAGAUUUUAGCUACUGUGAAUCAGAUUAUAAAUAAUUUUAAUGCUGGAUUCAAUGGAGAUGGAUCACGUGUUAAAAUCAAUGCCUCAGAACAAGAGGAUGCGAUACGGUUAUGGAAAGGCAGGAGAUCCAGAGUUCUUAUAUCUAUUACUAACUGUGCAGUUAGUAUGAAAAAUUAUAUACUAGCUAUAGAAGUCUUAGAGAAAUUAUGCAACUCUACAAACUGGACACCUGAACAAAUGGAUGCUUUGAAAGCUAGUAUAGGUAGACUACAUCUGUUUCUGGGAGAUAUAUCGGCAGCAGAGAAAUUACUAAUCAAUCCACAAAAGCAAGACAGUGACCUAACUGUUAGAGAGCUAAUGGACAGAGGAUUAAUGGCAGUAGCUCAAAAUUCUUUCCCAGAGGCAUACAACUAUUUUCAAACUGCAGAGGCACUGGAUCCAUCUAAUAUCGCUUUGAUUAACAACAUAGCUGUCUGUCUAUUAUACACUGGCCAGCUAAAAGCUGCAGUACGUUUAUAUGAGAGUAUGAUUACAAGAAAUCCUGUUAAAAGCUUACAAGAACCUAUAUUGUUGAACAUAUGUACUUCAUACGAAUUGCAUACUACUCACUGUAAGCAACCAAAACUACACUUAUUGAGCCAGUUAAAUAGGUACAAAGGGGAUGCUGUAGAUAUACAGUGUUUGAAACUCCCCUUAAACUAAACUUUUAGUUUGUCUGUGUACAGUAUGUAAUUGCUUGAAGAUGAAAUUUUAAAUCUGUUAUUCAAUUAUGAAGAUAUUGCAUUGGUGUAUAAAUUUUAUUGAAUAAAAAAUUGAUUUGCUUCAUAUUUUUAAA